AGAAAAAAAGGCAAUUAUCCAUGGUAUUCAAGGAAACAGCCUACGAAGUAUGUCACCCACGGUUCGAUGAUCUGUUCUGCUUCCUUCGCCCGGCCUCAGGCCCUUGAGUCUCGACUCUCGACAACAAACGCAGCUAAGGAAAUGUCACCUCUGCCGCCCUUGCAGCCUUAGGCCUCCAUGCCAUUGGUCAGCCCUGAGAUCCAUCUCUGAAUCUGCUGUCCGUUCGUAGCUUCGUUCCAUGAACCCGGUAUGCAUCUCCAUGCCCUUGCUUGCCUCUCUUUUGAAGAAGCACAGCCACGCGUGACAGCAGCCACUUGGACUACCUAGGUAUUCGUUCGUACGUCGGCAGAAUCAUUUCGGAAUUCUCACAUCGACCCCAAUUGAUCGGUGGAUGGUCCGCCUGUGCGCACAUCCACUGAGAAAGCCGACUUUCUCGCUCCGCUUCCUGUCUGAGGGUAUUCGGACAGGCCGGCUUUCCAAGGACCCCACCAAAGGCCUAACGCCUGACGGACCACCUCCGGACCCGAGCUCGAUCAUGACCACAUCCGGGCCCUCUUCUUGGUCUAGUGCAACCUUAUGCUUCCGUGCCCUGCAAUAGAAGCAAUCCAGAAGCUCGGCCAAGCAUAACCCCAUCGAGACUAAGACACCAGUCUUGUUCACGUCAAGACGACACCCCUCAUCAACUCUCGACAACGCAUCGUCAUCAUGCCUCCUCUGUCGCGCUCCAACUCAUGCGUUGACAUAGACUUCACUCUCAGACGCCAGUUCAACAAGUCGACAUUCAGGUGAAGAGCUAUUCCUCGUCCCAUUGCCAACUUCACAAGCUACGCCCAUGGCACGUACCCGUAACCACACAAUACCGACUGACAAAACCGCCACAGACCCCAACAGCGUGAAAUCAUCGUUGCUGCCCUGGACGGCCACGAUGUCUUCGUUCAGGCCGCGACGUCGUUCGGCAAGAGUCUUUGCUUCCAACUCCCUGCCUGCAUUGACCAAGGGAGUAAGUACCCGAAACUGCUCCGAGCUCGCAUGCACGCGUCGUCGUCAACUAACGUGAUUUCGCUGCGGCAGUCACCAUUGUCGUUUCGCCACUGCUCAGUCUCAUGAUGAAUCAGGUUGAAGCACUGCGAUCGGCGGGCAUCGAUGCCAGCUCCCUCAACAGCAACACGCCGCCCGCUGAACGAGAUCGCAUCAACCAGGAUCUCGCUAGUGGCCAUCCGCGCAUCAGACUACUUUACGUGACACCGGAGCUAUGCUCAGGAGAUUCCUUCAGGAGACGGAUCAAGCUGGUCCACGAGCAGUGUGAGUUGGCACGCAUUGCAGUCGACGAGGCACAUUGCAUCUCAGAAUGGGGCCACGAUUUUCGGAAAGAUUUCAAAAAGCUUUCAUGGUUUCGAGAGACGUUUCCCAAGGUGCCCAUCACGUGCUUGACGGCAACAGCAAACCCCACGGUUCGUCAGGAUCUGCUUAAGACGCUUGGUCUCCUAGAGCAACCUGAAAGGCUGAAGAGUUUCGUCAUGACUGCUCAUCGGCCCAAUCUACACAUUGAGAUCCGAUACACCAAAGACCAGGAGGACGAUCGCCUAUCUAACUUUCUAGCUUGGAUACGUGGGGUGUACGAGAGGAGAAAAACAGAGCCACGCAAGUCAGAGUUGGAGGCUGCUGGAGAGCGCCUGGACAACGUCUCUGGAAUUAUAUACACCAUUUCAAGAGAUGAGUGCGAGUCACUUGCGGCGGCACUCAGAGACGAAGGUGUGGGCGCGAUGCCCUUCCACGCGAAGCUUACCAAGGAAAAGAAGGAACAAACGUUGGCUCGCUGGGUAAACAACGAGCCUGGCUACGAUAUUAUCGUGGCUACGACAGCCUUUGGCAUGGGCAUUGACAAGAACAAUGUCCGGUUCGUUGUACACUGGCGGUUGCCCAAGUCGUUUGAAGGUUACUACCAAGAGGCAGGCCGCGCAGGCAGAGACGGGAACGCAAGUUUCUGUUUUCUGUACUACAGCCGAGAAGACUUGGAACGCGUGCAGAGUAUGAUCAGAAAAGGGAACCGCGACGGAUCGAAUUGGGAGGCUCAGGCCAAGAGCCUGCAGAAACUCGCCCUUUAUUGCGAAGACACAACGGCCUGUCGGCAUGCGCAGAUUUGCAGAUAUUUUGGCGAGAGCGAAACGCCAAAUUGUGACUUUGCCUGCGACUGGCACAAAGAUGCCCAGGCUCUCCAGAGGCGGAUGAUGCGCGGCUUGGCAGAUGAGGAAUGGGUCAGUACUCAGGCUCAGAUUGGCGAGUACGACGGUUACUACGAUGAAUACUGAGGACGAGGAUGGUUAUGGUCCAAUAUGAUACCCCGCUACCGGCUGCCGAACAGCAUAAGGAAACAAUGAAAUACAAAUUGAUGAGAC